AUGAAGUUUGAGCUGCUGUUUACAUGCUUGGCGUUUCUGUUGGCUUAUAAUUCAUCUGGACCAUCCUACAUACCUGAUAUCGUCGACUGGCAUCCAAUCGAGGCUUAUGCUGACCCAGAUGUUGGAAUUCACGAAGAGACCCUGCCGGUGCCGAUACAUCGUUUCGCUCCACUUCCACUGCCAUCAUCAGAACCGCAGCGAAUAAUGCGAGUUCGUGGUGUAGACAUGGCGCCUUCUGGUGAUAUGCCAAAUAUACCAACGCCUACUCCGCCAGCCCGUGCCGUCAGUCCAAAGAUUCGUCAUGGUAUGUUCCGACGUAAAGAAAGUCCGGGCAGUCAAGGCAGCGGAGGCAGUAAAUGA